AUGCAGGACCCGCUGGCUGUAGUCUUCUUCGCAGGGCUCUUGCGUGCUCCCGUCUUCACCAGUGCCGGAGCCAUCGGCAGAGAGGACGAGCGAGGGAACCUGUUUGCAGAGAGGGGCUGCUGCAGGAGGCAGAGCCAUUUCCUCCACAUCGGGCACGAUGUCUCUGGCAGUCCCGUCAGCGUGGACGUUGGAAAGUGCCGGUCCAGCUGCCUGUCCCAGCAAAUUGGCUCCCCCCAGCCCGGCCUCCUGGGGCUCUCCAGGCACUCCUCCAUGCUCGAUUUCCUUAGAAGCAAGAAGGUGAGAAAAGCCUGCAGGUCAGGCAUCGACGGCUGUCACUGCAGCACGUGCCCGGAGGAAUGUCUCCGUCUCCCAGCUCUGAAAACCUUCUUUCCAGACUCUCCUUGGGAGGUCACGGUCGACGUGGGGAAGUGCUCUGACCCAACCUACAGCGCAGACGGACUUUUCUGCCUGCCCACGAAGUUCAGCACUGCUCUAGUCCAGAACCCGCAAGGUGGGGAGGUGGUUCGGACGCUGGAGAACUGCGAAAUGAAGGAAAAAUGCUACCGUGUUUCCCAGGUGGAAUAUUAUUAUGAAAUUGUGCACAGCUCGGGGGGACGCAGGGAGGAACGGCUCAAGGAAAUUGAUGUGGGAAGGUGCUUGGGCAGCUGCUCCUCGGGGGAUCCCUGCUUGCUUGGUGGGGACACUGGCGCGGUGCCUCUCCUGGCCUGCGGUGACACCAGUUUGCUUCCCCAGGUUCGUGACUGGACUGAAGAUGAAAGCAGCAACCAGGGUUUGCUGGUGACAGUCCAGGGCCUGGGCGGGAGCCCGCUCGACCCCCCACCACUGCAAUUCGCCUCCAGCGGGGACCACCACGAGAGCAAGAAGCCCAUGUUGGUCCUGUUCACGGACGAUGGGCGCCGGGGAGCGUCCCUGCCCAUGGCCGGCUUCCCAGGUGGGUCCCACACGCCCUGGCAUGGCUCCCUCAGCGCCGCCGUCCCCUCGCCCGAGGCACAGGCCGUCUCCUUUCUGGUUUAG